AUGCUCCCCUGCCCCCCAAACCUCCAGCCUCUGAGGACCCUCUCCCUCUUGAGCACCUCCAGCUUCCCGCCCCCUCCAGGGCGAUCUGGGGCCUCGAGCCCGGGGAGGAGUCCGGGCCCACGCGUGGGGGACCCGCGCGGCGCUGAGGAAAGUUUGUUUCCGGGACCUGGGCGGGGCGAGGCCGGGGGUGUGGGGGAGGAGUCGGCCUGGGAGUCCCCCGCCCCACUCUCUGGGUCUGGGGAGAGGGCUUCUCGCGCCCCUUCCCUGCAAGCUGGGCGGCCCCUGGAGCCCAAGCCGGAGCUUUGGGGGCCGUUGGGUCCCCAGGGUCCCGCGGGUCCUGCCCCCCUCCAGGCCUCUGACGUCACCGCACGCCACGCUGAUUGGCUGCCCGCGCCGUCGGUCAGGAUACUUCCUUCUGGGCCGCCGCCGCCGCCACUGAGUUACAAAGUUCCCAGCGCGGGGGGCGGGGGCGGGAAAGGAGCCCCGCGACCCCCGCCCGCCCGCGGCUACCGCGACCCCUGCCCGCCGAGCCCGAGCCCACCCGGUAACCCCCGAGCUCCCCAAACUUCCCCGGAUCCCCCAGGGGCCGAUCCUCUCCGCCCGCGUGGGGUCCCCGCGGGGUGUCUGGACCUUUAG